ACUGUCAUCUGUCGUUUUGGAAAAUACAAAUGUCAAUUUGGUUAUAUGUUAUUUAUGAUUUCAUUGAAGACCUAGGUUUUUGUUAAUAUCAUUUCUUAUCUACGUUUUUGAUAAGUAAUUGUAUUGUGUUCAUGUUUAAGUGUAUAGUGUAUGUGUCAAUUUAUGUUAUUUAAUCUAUUUCAAUUAAAGUUAUCAUCAAAGAGACCGUUAUCGCUACGAAUGUCUAACAUUCGCACUCACAUUCGGGAAUAGUCGUCGUGUCAAGAUGCUGUCGCGAUGCGUUGUGUCUCAGGUCAAACACAACUCGUACUUCCUGGUGGGGCUGGCGCUGGGGCUGUGGCUGGCUCUGGCCACGGUCCCGCUGGAGGAUGAUGUGACUCCGGUGGCGUGCAACGCAGCAGUACCGCCGCCUGUUGUGGAUGAGUGGGAGCCGGUGCGUGAGCAGCGAGAAAUGGGCGCGGCAGGCGCUGCUGGGCGCAGCGUGCAGCGGCCGCGCUAUUACAGCACGGAGCUAGGCAUGCGUGCGGGCUUGCUGGCAGGAGCGCUCAGCUCGGAGGCGGCACUGGCGGGCAGAGCGGCGGCGCUUAACCGUACGGCGGCGCGCCUGCUGCCUGCGCUGCGGUUCUUUAUCACGGCCAGUGCGCUGCGCUCCGCGCCCGCCGGCGCCAAUGUGGUCGGCUUCACCGACACCAGAGAAAUGCUCAAGCCCUUCCAUGCACUGAAGUAUCUCGCUGACAACUAUCUGGAGGAAUACGACUUCUUCUUCCUGGUGACAGACGCAACUUAUGUGAAUGCCCAAAGGCUGACUGAGCUAGUCUCCAAGCUAAGUGUCAGCCAGGAUGUGUACAUGGGAACAGUAGCCGAUGAUGACACACAAUACUGCACAUUAGAGAGCGGCAUCCUGCUGUCGAACUCUGUGCUGCGCGCGGUGCACGGCGCGCUGGACUGGUGCGUGCGCAACUCCUACUCCCCGCACCACCACGAGAACAUCGGCCGCUGCGUGCUGCACGCCGCGCACACCACCUGCACCUCCUCGCUGCAGGGCGAGAGCUACGUGUCGUGGCGCGUCGGUGGUGCGGUCCCGUCGGCCGAGCUCGAGCCCGCGCUGGCCGACGCGGUGACGGCGCACCCGGUGCACGACCCCCACCACAUGUACCAGCUGCACGCCUACGUCUCCAGGGUGCUGCUGCAGCGCGCGCAGGCGGAGGUGGCGCGGCUGCGCGUGCAGGCGGCCGCCAGCGCGCGCCGGCACCCGCGCGGCUUCCGCAACGCCACCUGGCCGCCCGGCCUGCGCAACUCGCCCGGCCUCGCGCCCCCGCCCCCCAACAACAGGUUCGACCACCUGCGCUGGACCACGUUCAACGCCACGCACGCGCUCAUGCCGGACGACCACCGCACCGCCGCGCCGCUCGCCGCCGCCACCAAGCAAGCCAUACAAUUGGCGCUGGCGGAAGCGGGCGCGUGGGCGCGCAGGCGCUGGGCGGCGGGCGGCGUGCGCCUGCUGGAGGGCGCCUGGUGCUGGGAGCCGCCGCACGCGCUGCGCUACCGCCUGCUGCUGGCGCUGCGCCCCGACCCGCCGCAGGUACACCGCGCGCCUCCCACCUCCUACCUCCCACCUCCUCCCUCUCACCGUGCCUCACCGAGGUGACAGUUCCGCUUGCAGGAGGCGGGCGGCGAAGUGGUGCGCCAGGUGGAGGUGGCUCGCCCGUUGGGCGCGGCGCGACUCGUGCCCGCGCGCUACGUCACCGAGAGCGCACGCGUGCUGCUGCUGGUCGCGCUGGCGGCGCCUCACGCGCCCCUCGCGCUCGACCUGCUGGCGCGCUACGACACCGUCUGUCUGCAGCGUGACAGGAACACCGCGCUCAUGCUGGUGCUGGCCACGCGGAACGACAGCGCGGCGUUCGAGCCGGUGCGCGCGGCCGUGGAGGCGCUGGCGGGCGCGCACCGCGGCGCUCAGCUGGACGUGCUGGAGGCGCCGCUGGCCGCGCCCGCCGACGCCGCCGACGCCUCCGAGGACCCGCACGAGCUGCUGGCGCGCGCGCAACUUGCGGCGCUGCGCGAGGCGCUGCCCCGCCUGCCGCUCGACACGCUGGUGCUGCUCGGCGUGCCCCACAUGGAGUUCAACGAGGAGUUCCUCAACAGGGUGCGCAUGAACACGAUAGCGGGCGAGCAGUGGUUCCUGCCGGUGGCGUUCGCGCGCUACGCGCAGUUCGCGCACCCGCGCUUCGUGGACGCGGCCGGCGCGCGCCCGCAGCAGAACACGGGCCGCUUCAACGCGCGCCACCGACACGUGCUGGCUUUCUACAAGGCGGACUACGACGCAGCACUGGAGCAGUGGCAGCGCACGCGCAGCUCGGAGGCGCGCGGCGCGGCGGAGGUGCUCGCGCACGGGCCGCUGCUGACGCUGAGCGCGCCCGAGCCGGCGCUGCUGCUGACGCCGCAGCCGCCGCCGUGCGCCGCGCUGGUGCAGGAGGAGGGGCAGGAGCGGCUGGCGUGCCUGCAGCGCUCGCGUGAGGGCGGGUUCGCGGAGCUGGACCUGGGCGCGCGUCACGCCCUCGCCAAGCUGCUGCUGGAGACGCAGGCGGAGCUCGAGUGACGUCACACGCGACUCAUUCGAGGAGUACAAAAUACAAGUACAAUAUGUUUGUUCCGUUCCUCAGUACAAUCUCUCAAAUUAUACAUAUUCUUACAACUUUGCUACAAUUAAAUAUUUUCUAUAAUAUUUGUUUUUUAUUAUGUUACUGUGCACAUUA